CGCUACAUUGAUCCAGCUUUAAUUUACAAACCCAUUGGAAUUACUGCGAUCUCGAUCUUGGUUUUUGUCAUUUCAAGCCAUGGCAUCAGUGACCAGCAAUUCAGUUCUUUGUCGCGGUCUUUCAACCAACAGGGUCACACAAUUCGGUCUGAAAAAUGAAGUUCCAGGAGCAAAGGUUGUACCUUGGAGGACUAUAGGCAGUGAAGGUAAAACGAAGGGCAAGUUUAGGGUUGAAGUCAAAGCAGCAGCAGCAGUGCAGAUCGGUGGUUUAGAGCAAGUAAAGGAAGCAAAACAAGAAUUGGGUUUGGAUGCAGUAUCGGAGGGGGAGUUGAGAGAAAAGGGUUUCUUGGGGAUGAGGAAAACAAAGCUUGUUUGCACCAUAGGGCCGGCUUGUUCUUCACCGGAGGAUUUGGAGAAGCUGGCGUUGGGUGGAAUGAAUGUGGCCAGGCUUAACAUGUGUCACAACACAAGGGAUUGGCACCUUGAUGUGAUUAAGAAUAUCAAAAAGUUGAAUGAAGAAAAGGGUUUCUGUAUUUCAAUCAUGAUCGACACCGAAGGUAGUCAGAUCCAUGUGCUCGAUCAUGGUGCUCCUUCUUCUGUCAAAGCAGAGGAAGGUUCCAUCUGGUUAUUUACUACUCAGAAGCUUGAGGAUUACCCUCCAUUUACAGUUCAAGCAAGCUAUGACGGUUUUUCGGAAGGUAUUGAAGUGGGUGAUGUACUUGUCAUUGAUGGUGGUAUGGCUAGCUUUGAAGUAACUGAGAAAGUCGGAAAUGAUCUGUGUUGUCGGUGUUCGGACUCCGGUCUGUUUCUUCCUCGUGCCAAAUUUAGCUUUUGGAGAGAUGGAAAGCUUGUAGCAAGGAAUUCUGAGCUUCCUACUCUAUCGAAAAAGGAUUGGGCUGACAUCGAGUUUGGAGUUUCCGAAGGCGUCGACUUUAUCGCCCUCUCUUUCGUCAAUGAUGCUGAUUCUGUCAGGCAGUUGAAGAACUAUCUAUACAUGAGGUCAUCCAGAUCGACAAGGGUAUUGGCAAAGAUUGAGAGCUUGGAAUCACUAAAGAAUAUGGAAGAGAUUGUAGAGGCUUGUGACGGGAUCAUGGUGGCUCGAGGUGACCUCGGAGUCGAAAUCCCUUACGAACAGAUUCCAACAGUUCAAGAGGAAAUAACUUGCGUCUGCCGAGAACUUAACAAGCCGGUAAUUGUAGCCUCUCAACUUCUUGAGUCAAUGGUUGAAUACCCGACCCCAACACGAGCUGAGGUUGCAGAUGUUUCAGAAGCAGUUCGGCAAAAUGCAGACGCGUUAAUGUUAUCCGGUGAGUCAGCUAUUGGAUUGCACGGGCAGAAGGCUCUCUCUGUCUUACAGAUGGCUAGUAGUCGAAUGGAACUAUGGAGCCGGGAGGAAAACCGGCAAAGUAUUUUUCAUCAGCGCCCACUUGGAGUCUCGUUGCCCGAUCGCAUUGCCGAGCAGAUCUGCAAUUGUGCUGUGGAAAUGGCCAAUAAUCUUGGCGUGGAUGCCAUCUUCGUGUACACGAAGCAUGGACGAAUGGCAUCUCUCCUGUCUCGCAACCGCCCAUACCCUCCCAUAUUUGCUUUCACAAGUGAGAGUGGCACACGUAUGGCUCUGAAUCUUCAAUGGGGAGUCAUUCCUGUCCUCGUUGAUCUGUCGGACGAUGACAUGGAGGGAAACGUCUCGACGACCAUGGAGCUGAUAAGAAGAAAAGGGAUGUUGAAACACGGAGAUGUUGUGAUGGUGGUGUCGGAUUUAGCUCCCAACCAUACAAAUUGCAGUGCGUUUCAGUCCAUCCAAGUGAAGACAGUUGUGUAGGGGAAGAAAUAUUAGGCUUCAGACUGUGGGUUAUGAUCCAUUUUGAACCAAGUUUAUUAGUAAAAAGAAACCAAGAAUGAUAGAUAUUAAACUAGGGAUGAG